GUUGCUGAUUUAUUUGUCAGUGUUGAGAAGUUGGUUUUGCACCUAACUUCACUCUAUAUACAACAGUUCUUUUUCUUAACGCUGAACCAUAGAUAACUACAAUAUCAGUCAGUGGAAAACAUGGCUUGUUAAUACUACUACUACUUACUGGUUCAUGGAGGGGGAUUUCUACUACUGACUAGGACUACUUCCUGCUUUAUGGAGGAUGAUUUUUAGCACUGGCUAGGACUACUUCCUGGUUCGUGGAGGAUGUUGUUUUGUACUGGCUAGGACUACUUCCUUUUUCAUGGAGGAUGAUUUUUAGUACUGGUGACUACUUCCUGGUUUGUGGAGGAUGAUUUUUAGUACUGGGGAGGACUACUUCCUGGUUUGUGGAGGAUGAUUUUAGUACUGGCUAGGAUUACUUCUUUGUUUAUGGAGGAUGAUUUUAGUACUGGGGAGGACUACUUCCUGGUUUGUGGAGGAUGGUUUUAGUACUGGCUAGGACUAUUUCCUGGUUCAUGGAGGAGGAUUUUUAGUGUUGGGUGAUCGUGUGGACUGUGUGAGGACCAACAUGGCUGUCUUGAUGAUGCUCCUCCUGCUGGGAGCCGCCGUGUGGGGACAGGACCUCCCAUCGGGGCCUCAUGGCUGCACUGAUGGCAGUUGCUACCCCGCCACGGGAAACCUCUUGAUUGGACGGGCCAUGAACCUGAGCGCCACCUCCACCUGCGGCCUGGACGGUCCUGAGCACUACUGCAUCGUCAGCCAUCUUCAGGAGUCGGACAAAUGUUUUGAGUGUAACUCCCAGCAUCCGUAUGACUCGUACCGCCACAGAAACAGCCAUCGCAUCGACAAUGUCAUCUACCUCAUGGAACGCAACGGAGACAACACUUGGUGGCAGUCUGCUAACGGGGAGGAGACUGUCAGCAUUCGACUGAACCUGGAAGCUGAAUUCCACUUCACACAUCUCAUCAUGAAGUUUAAGACUUUCCGGCCGGCAGCCAUGAUCAUCGAGCGUUCGGCUGAUUUUGGACGCUCGUGGCGACCCUACCGCUACUUUGCCGCCAACUGCACCAAGACUUUCCCGGGCAUCACCGCCAACGGCUUGCGCCACAUCAAUGACGUCAUCUGUGAGGAGCGCUACUCUGACAUUGAGCCUUCCACCAACGGGGAGGUGAUUUAUAAAGUGCUGGAUCCUGCCAUUCACGUGAAAGACCCUUACAGUUUGGACAUCCAAGAACUCCUGCGAAUCACCAACCUGCGCAUCAACUUCACCAAGCUGAACACUCUGGGAGACGACCUGCUGGACAGACGCUCUGACGUGCUGCAAAAGUAUUACUACGCCAUCUAUGAGCUGGUGGUCCGAGGCAGCUGCUUCUGCUAUGGACACGCGUCUGAGUGCGCCCCCGUGCCUGGGGUAUACUCGCGGGAAAACGGCAUGAUCCAUGGCCGUUGCGUCUGCAAACACAACACAGAGGGUCUGAACUGCGAGCGUUGCCAUGAUUUCCACCACGACCUUCCAUGGAGGCCGGCUGAGGUGGAAAACCCGCACGCCUGUCGAGAGUGUAAUUGCAACGGCCACUCCAGCCAGUGUCACUUUGACAUGGCGGUGUAUUUGGCCACGGGCAACGUGAGCGGGGGUGUGUGUGACGACUGCCAGCACAACACCAUGGGACGCAAGUGCGAGACCUGCAAGCCUUUCUACUACCAAGACCCCAACAGGGAUGUCAGAGACCCGCAGGUUUGUCUCGCCUGCGACUGCGACCCGGUGGGUUCCUUGGAGGGAGGGAUGUGUGAUGGCCACACGGAUCCAGACAUGGGAAUGAUCUCUGGACAGUGUCGCUGCAAAGCCAACGUCAAAGGCUUGCGCUGUGACGUCUGCAAGGAGGGUUUCUACGGCCUCAGCCACAACGACCCGCUGGGUUGUCAGCCAUGCAACUGUGACCCUCGAGGUAUCAUCAUGAUGGGAUCCCCAUGCGAUCAGAUCAGCGGUGACUGCUCGUGUAAAAGAUACGUCACUGGCCGCUACUGCAACGAGUGUCUGCCAGAAUUCUGGGGUCUCAGCAAUGACCUGGGUGGCUGUAGAACAUGUGACUGUGAUGUGGGUGGAGCCGUCAACAACAGAUGCAUGAUGGAGAACGGACAGUGUGACUGCAGGAGGCAUCUGAUUGGUCGACAGUGUUCAGAGGUGCAGCCCGGCUACUUUUGCGCCCCGCUCGACUACUACAAGUACGAGGCCGAGGGGGCCGCUGGACACUCGCCCAUUGACUCCUCUCUCCCGGGUAAAGUUCGUCCUCAGGCUGAGACGGACUGCGUGCAACACCUCAGCAACCAGCUGAGACGACACAGGCGUCACCGCCGCAUCACCAACCCACAACAGCACCGAGCAGCACUGAGGCGAAUACGCCAGCUUCAGCAGACGCCGGACGUUAGGAGCGUUUAUAGAGAGAUCAGUCUGGGUCACACAGUGACCUGGACCGGUCCUGGUUUUGCUCGAGUGAAGGACGGUGCUGGUCUGGUGUUCACCAUUGACAACAUCCCGUACGGCAUGGACUACGACAUCAUGAUCCGCUACGAACCUGAGUCGACAGAGGACUGGGAGGCCAUCGUUAGCAUAACGUCUGUCAACCUUCCUUCCAGUCUGCGCUGUGGAAACCUUCUUCCAACUGAGCAGCUUUACACCGUCACCUUGCCGCACAGCAACAGGUACAUCCAGAUGCCUAGGCCCUUCUGUUUUGAGCCAAGUAAUCGCUAUGUGGUCGCCAUCCGCUUCCAGCGCCAUGGAGUAACACACAGACACCUCACCGCCUUCAUUCUCAUCGACUCUUUGGUGCUGAUCCCCAAAUACACAGAACUUCCUGGUUUCCACGGCAACGAAAUUGCAGCCGAGGUGAGACGAGAGGAGAUGAUCCGCUACAUGUGUCUGGACUCCUUCAUGAUCACGCCGAUGCCCAUCCUGGCCGACAUGUGUUCCAAACUCAUCUGCAGCAUCUCAGCAAUCCUUCACGACGGCGCCUUGCCCUGUCAGUGUGAUCCCCAAGGUUCCCUCUCGGGCGAGUGCAAUCGCAUGGGAGGUCAGUGCCACUGUAAGGCCAACGUGAUUGGUCGACAGUGUGACCAGUGUGCUCCAGGAACCUACGGCUUUGGAGGCAAUGGUUGCACUGCCUGUGACUGCCAUCCGGAAGGUUCCCUGAGCCACCAGUGUGACCCGGUGAGUGGCCAGUGCCAGUGCCGGCAGGGAGCCAGCGGACGCCGGUGCUCCGACUGCCAGACGGGCCAAUGGGGCUUCCCCAGCUGUAGCCCCUGUCAGUGCAACGGCCACUCGGACGUCUGUGACCCCCAAACGGGCGAGUGUCAAGAAUGCCGGGACUACACGACCGGGCGCCUUUGUGAACUGUGUCAGAAUGGAUUCUUUGGGAACCCGGCGCUUGGCUCAGGGGACCAUUGUCGCCCCUGCCACUGCCCCGGUAAUCCCGGAUCGGACCACUUUAACGGCCACUCCUGCCAAGCUGACCUCUCCUCCAGCCUCAUUAUGUGUAACUGCAGACCCGGCUAUGCUGGACCACGCUGCGACCAGUGCGCCCCUGGUUACUAUGGCAACCCGGAGCAAUCUGGCGGCCAGUGCCUUCCGUGCGAGUGCAGCGGCAACAUCGACACUCAGGACCCCGAGUCAUGUGACCCAAGAACGGGGCAGUGCCUCAAGUGCCUGUACCACACCGACGGGCCGUCUUGUGGACGGUGUCAGCAGGGUUACUAUGGCAACGCCUUGGACCACGACUGUAGACGUUGUACCUGCGUGACCGCUGGCACCGUCCUGUCGGCUUGUGUUGACGGACAUUGCGACUGCCACCGGGAGACUGGCGCUUGCCUGUGCAGGGAGAACGUCUCUGGUCGUAACUGCGACCAGUGCGCUCCGAAUCACUGGAACUACGGUCAAGACCGAGGCUGUGAGCCCUGCGACUGUGACUUACAACACUCCAUGGGGACCCACUGCAAUAUGUUCACUGGGCAGUGCCACUGUCAUCCAGGCUUUGGAGGGAAGGACUGCACCGAGUGUGAGCACCUCCACUGGGGAGACCCGCGGGUGGCGUGUCAAGAGUGUAACUGCCAUCCUCAGGGCUCAGAAGUAGCGCAGUGUGACCGCACCACCGGGGACUGUCGUUGCAAGGAAGGAGCGGCGGGCAAACGCUGCAAUGAAUGCGCCCGAGGCUUCACAGGCGUCUUCCCCGAGUGUGUGCGCUGUCAUGCCUGCUUCCAGCUGUGGGAUGACAUGGUGUGCCAGAUCAAACGUGACCUGGAGCACAUCCAGGUGACCGCCAACAAGAUCCUGGAGAGUGGUGUCACGCCGGGCGUUGGUGACACCCGCAUCAAAGAGAUGCAGAGGAAGUUGCAGCAGGUCCGGGAUCUGAUUGGCCGAGAGGACAGCGACGCAGUCCAUCAGCUGCUUGGGCAGAGCAUUGAUGAUCUCAGGGCAGAGAUAGCUUUGACGGACGGGCGCCUGAUGGGCGUCGCUCGAGAGCUUAACGCUACAGCGGUGGAGGAGGCCGCACAGAGGAGUACGCUGAGCGACCUGGAGAGACAGCUGAUGGACAUCAACGUCACAGUCGCUUCCAAGAGGCAGCAGCUGGAAGACUACAUGACCUCGGGGUUUGGAGAUGACUGGAGAAAAGUCAAGAAGUACUAUGAGGAGUCGUUGGAGGCGGAGAAGAAAUGCGAUGCCUCCGUGUCGGGUCAACUCAGUCCAGUGGAACAGUCGAAAGAAAGGCGCGCCCUGACUGAAGAGCUGCUGGAUCGAAAUGAAGAGAAGUUCCUUCAAGAUGUAGCAGCUCAUAACAAAUCUAUAGAGGACCUCCAGCAAAAGGCCCAUCAUGUCCAGCACAAGGUCCAUCACCUCAGUGACAAGGUGUGUGGUGGUCACAGCAACCCUGGUGUCAAUGGCACUUGCCAAGACAGCCUGUGCGGCGGCGCCGGUUGCCAUGACAAGGGGGGUAACCGUGUAUGCGGAGGGGACGGCUGCAACGGGACAGUUGGCGCUUCUCUAAGUUCCUUAGCUCACGCCAGGAAUGCGAGCAACACUCUGGAAGCUGCUCACGAUGACCUGCAGAACGUGGCCAUGAAGCUCCAGGCAAUAGCAUCUUUGACGCAGGAUGUGAAGAACCAGGCCACGAACACGCUGGGAAAAGCCCAGAAGAACAAAGACCACUUUGAAAAGUCCAACAGGAGCCUGAAAGAGUUGAUCAGGAAGAUCCGGGAUUUCCUCACAGAAGAAGGAGCUGAUCCAGACAGCAUCGAGAAGGUAGCCCUGCAGGUCCUGUCCGUCAGGCUGCCGGUCAACAAGACCACGAUGGACACGUUGAUCAUGGAGAUGAAGAACAGCCUCUCCAACCUCUCAGACAUCGAGGGCAUCAUCAACCAUACUUCACGGCACAUCAACGAGGCCAAGCAUCUUCUGGAACAAGCUAAACAAGCCAAGAAUCGAGGAGAAAGCGUGAAGGAUGCCGCCAAUACUACCAAGGUGGCAUUGGAUCAAUCUGAGAAGGCCGUCAAGAAAGCAAGAAGUGCCCUGAAGGAGGCUUUGGACAACCUGAAAGGCACCAGGAACGCCACUUUCCAGGUGGACGAGAGGCUGACCGAGCUGGAGGACAAGCAGAUGGACAUCAUGAUGCGUCUGAACAAUCUCUCGUCAGGUCUGGAGGCACUGAGGAACAAGACUGAAAUGAACAUGGAGAUGGCAAAGGGCUCCAAAGCUUUAGCCAGCAACGCCACGCUGGAAGCGUCGUCUCUGGAGCAGAGCCUCAAUGAUACGGAGAGGCGCUACGAUGAGCUGCAGAAGAAGGUGGACUCGCUCGGCGGCGCGUCUCAAGGCCUGGACAACAUCAAGCAGAAGGCCGAGGACAUGAAGAAGGAGGCCGAGGAGCUUCUCAACAAAGCUGCCAAGGGCAUGGAGCAGCUGAAGAAGCUGGAGAAGAAGUUCAAGAGCAACGAGCAUCGGCUUCACAAGCAGAGGAUGGAGCUGGACGAGCUGAAGGAAAACGCCACCGUGGUGCGAGAUCAUAUCCGCGAGCAAGUGCAGAAGUACAGCAGCUGUGUGUGAGACCCUCAAGUAAGGUGUUGAGAAACGUCCUUGUACUGUAUCACAUUUGGAUGUGUGCUCUUGUGUGCUGUCCAAUCUAAAGGAUGACCCGUGGGAAGGAUUUCUUUUCAAUAUUCAUGAGAUGUGUAUACCAUCUUUAAAUGCCAUUGUAUUGUAUUAUUCUAUUAUUCCUGGUUUCUAAUUAUCUUAUUGCAAAAAAGCUCACAACCAAUAUGUUUUCUAAAAUACAAAUGAUUUCAUUGCAUUUUUGUGACACAGACAGAGUAAUGUCAUGUAAACAUUUGAAAUGGGUUAGCGUUCGGUUAAUAAAGGUGAGCUCACUUA